CAUAAUUCACAUUAGAACUAAUUUCAUUUCGUUUUUUGAAAACUGCAUUCAGCAGGUAUGGCUACCGCUACAGACGAAUUGGUUCUUUUGGAGAGAGUAUUUCUACGAAUUGGUUCUGCUGACACUGACGAGCAACUUCAAAAUGUCGUUUCGAAGUUCUUGCCUCCUGUGCUUCUCAAGCUGUCUUCUCAGCAGGAAGGCGUUCGAAAGAAGGUCAUGGAAUUACUGGUACAUAUUAAUAAGAGAAUUAAGUCUCGAGUGGUACAGUUGCCGGUGGAAGCCUUACUGGUACAGUACCAAGAUCCCUCAGCUACAUCUUUUGUGAUUAAUUUUACCAUCAUUUACAUCAAGUUGGGAUUCCCACGGUUGCCAGAAGAAAAGCAAAUCGAGUUAAUUCCGUCGAUGUUAAACUCAAUCGACUCGAAACCGCAAUCGCACCAGGACAGUUUACUUUUACUCAUAAUUCCCUUAUUGGGAAAAGUAAAUGUGCCUUCGGAUCCUUCACAAAAGUAUGCCAUAUUCGGUGUUAACGAGAAGCCGCACAUCAGCAAGUUGUUUCUGGGAUUACUGUUGGAUAUGCUGUUGCUACCGUAUGGAGCGCUAACACAAAAGCCUGCCGAUGACGAACAGGGAAGUCGCAAUGAAUCAUCCAUUCCCGUACCACCCGGUAUGAGUGAAUAUUCAUUUAAAAGGGUUACAAAUGAAUUUCCCCUACAUCCGGAAGAACUUGAGCAGAUUAAAUUGGGAAUCGUCAAAUUUCUGGGGAGUGGUAUAUUUUCGGACGACGAAAUUUUGAUUCACUUAAUCGUAGCUGCCUCUGACACACGAUUUAGUGUAGCGAAUUUAGCUGAUUUGGAACUGAAAAAAAUUGUGGGUACACUCAAUUGGGCAUCACCGGUUACAGCGAUGCCUCUUUAUUUACUGUACUUAGGCUCGCAAUCUCAGAACAUUAAGCCGAAUAUGAAAAAAUCACCCGUAAGCACGCGCAUUCGUCUGAAACUUUUGACUCAUAUGUGUCGAAUAUGGGGCGCAGGUUUUGCAUUACCCGCAAGUAUUCAGGUGAUUUUUGAUUCUCUGUACGGGACAAAUACCAACAGUAAACUCAAGACUAUCGCUCUUAAUUUCGCCAUGAAUUUGGUACAGACUGCAGAGGAAGCGCAGCUGAGCAAAGUCGCGAGUAUUUUACAGACCGGUUUACAAAAAUUGAUCCGAGAAGGCGAAGUCGUACAUCAAGGUCAAGCCUAUUUAGUAUUGGGUGUGCUUGGUAGUCGCUUUCCCCUACUUACUUAUCAUAAUGUGUCUUUAUUGGAAAUGUUUUUUAAAAAUUUGGAUUCCGCUGAACCGGAUUUACGACUGCAGAUACGUCAGGGAUUUUUGAGCCUCCUUCCGGCAUACAAUUACGAUGUUAAUCCAUCAGAAUUCGAUAAAGAUGGCCGUGUCAAUUUCUUGUUUGCAUUAGUUAAAUAUUAUUUAUUCUCUGCAGAGCCGAUGGUGCGAUUUGUUGCUGUAAGAUCAAUUGGUACAAUUUUUCCACCCAAUCAUGUACCUUCUAAGUUUUUGCUGUUAUUGGCUACUGGCGAUAGUAAAGAUGAAGUGUACACAGAAGCCUUUAAGGCCUUAUACAAAAUAUCGAAUAAAGGCGAAGUUGAUUUAAGCAAAGGGGACAAGUCUCAAUCUAAACUGAUACUUCCCGCUUUCGAGGAGAUUACAAAGUAUGUUUAUGAGGAAGCAGAGGCGCGUUUGAAAGAUGGUACGAAGAGAGUCAACGUCGGUAAUCACGUUCUGCCAUUUACACUGAAUGUUUUUCUAGAGAUCCUCUUAUACUUGCGCCUGUGUUUAAUACAACAUUUAAAAAUCCCGUUGAAACGCGAAGCGACUCGCCAUCCUUGCGAAUUUACCCCUCUAAUUCGAGAUCAGUUGCAGUCUUUGUAUGUGGAAACUGAGAGCGUUGAGCAAAACGUUUUUUUGCAGUAUGCCUCUUUGGUACGCCAAUUGUUUCUGGCGAAUCCAACUUUUGAACCAUUGUGUUGCAUGCUUGAGGUGAUAGGUUGCAUACCGAAGUUGGCGUUGACUUUAAAAAGUAACCUGAACUGGGUGAGAGAUUUAUUGAAUUCGACAAAAGAAGAAGUUCGCGAGAUUACGUCGGUUUUAUACAGUCUUAUUAUUAACGAAGUGUUAUCUCCAAAAGAUUUUGAGGACGCCAUUAACUACCUAAUUACACAAACAAACAAUAAAAUGCUAGAAACGCAACAUGGUGCGAUUUUGGGUAUUGCGUAUGCGCUCGAAAGGAAAAUCAUGACCCAUAAAUAUCGUGGAGGCAACGCCCUUAACGACGAGCUCUUUAAAAAAUGUGUGCAAACGAUUGUGUCCUUUUUGACCAAUCCCAAUUUGCUGUUGGUAUCCGCGGCUAGUGAGGCGAUAGGACAAGUGGGAAAAUGUAUUUCGUUACCUUUGGAUAGUGGAAAUGAAAUGAAGAACGGUAGUCCUGACCCCAAGCGUCCUGCAAACGGGAAAGUAACUAAACUGGAUGUUACCACCCAACUUCUCCAAAAUAUGAACAAUCAUAAAUUGUCAAUUAAGAUACGCGAACGUUCGGCUAAGGCGCUUGGUUUGCUGUGUGUCGGGGAGGAAUUCCCACACACAAAGCAAGUAAUUCAAGGCUUCUUGAAUACAGCUAAAGAAACUAAGGACGUGGAAGUUCAUUUUACUAUCGGCGAAUCCUUGGUUAUGUGUGUUCAGAGUGUGUGGUCAACGGAAGCUCGUGACCAGUGGUCAGUGUUACCAUCUGAUUUCACACCUUUAUCCACCAUGUUGGAUGAGCCGUCUGAUGAUCAUUUGUGUUGGUUGGUUGAUGAACUGCUGCAACUUGUGGGCAAGACGCAUCCCAAUUCUAGGCAGGCAUCGUGUAUUUGGUUGUUGGCCAUACUGAAGAACUGCGCGAAUAAAGAUCCGGUUAAAAGUCGAUUAAGUGCCUUUCAAAAUGCCUUUAUGGAUUUGUUAGGUGAAAACAGCGAUAUCGUGCAGGAUGUCGCCUCUAAGGGACUCUGCCUUGUAUAUGACAACUCCAAGUCGGAGGAGUUGCUGAACGCAUUGGUAAAGCAGUUAACAGGAGGACGUCGACAUGUCGCGCAAGUAUCAAGCGAUAGUAAAAUUUUUGAGGAAGGGCAAUUGGGGAAAGCGCCAACAGGUGGGAAUUUGUCAACAUACAAGGAACUCUGUGCGCUUGCGUCGGAUUUAAAUAAACCCGAUCUGCUGUAUCAAUUCAUGCACAUCGCUAAUCACAACGCCAUUUGGAACUCGAAGAAAGGGGCGGCGUUCGGUUUCUCGAGUAUCGCCGAGAAGUGCGGCGAAAAGUUGCAGCCGCAUCUACCGAAAAUUAUUCCGAAAUUGUAUCGAUACCAGUUCGAUCCAACACCAAGUAUUCAGUUGUCUAUGCAGAAUAUUUGGCACACUUUGGUGCAAGAUACACAGAAAACGCUCGAACAAUAUUAUGACGAGAUUCUAUCCGAUUUGAUAGACAAUCUGACGUCCCCCCAGUAUCGCGUGAGGCAGUCGUGCUGUUUUGCUUUGCAAGACUUUUUUACUAGCGGCGUUAACUCGUCGAUACACAGCUGUCUUGGUCGAUUAGAGGAACUUUGGACGAAAGUGUUUCGAGUUAUGGAUGAUCAUCACGAAGCAACGCGAGUAGUCGCAACGAAAACAGGAAAACUACUAAGCAAGUUAUGUGUGAGAGGAUCUGACACUAGUCAAGGAAAAGCAGGUGUAAAAAUGGUUCAGAUCAUCUUGCCAGUGUUAUUAAAUGAAAUCACAAAUCCCGUGGCCGAAGUUAGGCUGUUAUGUUUGCAGACAUUAUCGGAGCUCGUAGCAGCUUCGGCCGACCAAUUAAAGCCGUUUUUAGCUCAACUCAUACCUGCAUUGCUGCAGGCAACCGGCGAGUUAGAAUCUCAGAAACUGUCACACUUUAGCACAAUGUUAAGCGCCCAAAGCGACGCUCAAGAGGCUGUGGAUAGUGCCAGAGCAAAUAUUGCGAAAUCUCACUUUACUAUGGAAACAGUGUCAAAGUGUCUUCAAUACGCCGACGCGUCAAUAUUAGGAGAAUUGACACCUAAAAUUACUGAGUUGAUGAAAAGUUCGGUCACUUUCGGUACUCGAAUUGUGUGCGUACAUUUUAUUUCACUCUUGAUAGUACAGAUGAAGCAAGACUUGCAACCAUAUUCAGCCACACUUCAGAAUAUAUUGUUGCACGGUCUUACUGAUCGCAACGCCGCAAUCCGCAAACAAUGUGCUUCAACCAUAGGACAAUUGGUUGCAGUAUCCCAACCCCCUACCUUGGAGAAGUUAUUUAGAAAAUUGAAACAGUGGUAUUUCGAGCGAGAAGAUGACUCAAGAAGAUCCGCAUGCGCGCAAACUAUCCAGGCAGUAAGUAACUACAAUCAGGAAAUUUUGAAGCAAUAUGCGUCGUCAGUGUUACCUUGGGUGUUUUUCGCAAUGCACGAGGAGAAAACGCCCGAAACCGAAGGUACUAUAACAAUCUGGAAUGAAAUCUGGUCAGAAAAUAGCCCCGGUACAGAGUACGGCAUUCGGCAAAAUUUGAAACCGAUCUCAGACGUUUUAAAGGAAGCGUUAGAAUCCCAGUCUUGGAACAUGAAAGCGCAGGCAGCCACUGCUAUAAGUACGGUUGCGGUUAAAUUGGGAGUAUCGCUCGAAGCGAAGGAAAGAAACAAUUUAAUUCGAAUUUUAAUCAACGGACUGAGCGGGAGGACGUGGAAUGGAAAGGAUAAGUUGCUAAAUGCUCUCGCAAGCAUAUGCUCAGGAUCCAAGGAUUCAUUAAAAGAAGAUAAAGACAUUGAUAUAAAUAACAUAAUCGAAGUAGUGCUGAAGGAGUGCCGCAAAGAGCAGAUUGUUUAUAAAUCAAAAGCAUUAAAGUCUUUAGGCGACGUUUUAUCGGCUCUACAGGUGGAUAAGUUUGAUGAAGUGCACAAUAUGGCACAGUCAAUUCUUACAGAUGAUCCAAAUGGUGAUACAGAUGAGGAUCUGUCCUUAGAGGAGAUUAGCGAAAAUAGGGAAAAUCGAAUUAAAAUUAAGGAGGUUAUAUACGAAACGUUGGGCAAGGCUUGGCCCGAAAACAGUAAGGUUACCCAAGAGAAGUACAGGGAGUUGUUCGUCGAGCACUGCAAAGCGUGUCUGCCAAAGUGCACCAGAUCCGUACAAGUUUGUGUUAUUUCUGCACUACGCGAUUUUGUUGAUAAAUUAAUUUUGCUUAAAGAAGAUAGACUAACUGACAAAGAGAACGAAAGUUUAUCUAAAAUUGUAGAUAAUAUUAUAGAAGUAAGCAUAUAUGCUUUAGGUAUUGCAAAACACACCAGAUUAAGGAAGGAUACUUUAAGUGUGAUUUUUGUGCUUGCAACAAAAUUAAAAGAUAAGAAGCGUCAUUCGAAUUUGAAUAGAAUAAGUAAGAUAUUUUAUGAGACCUUACCAGAGCUAAGUAAAGAUAAUCAACCAGAGAUAAAGUCAAGAGUGACAGACCUUAAAAAUCUACUUAGCAAAGAUUAAAGUGUGUCAUAUUGUUCUGUGAGAUGUAGCUAAUCGUUUCUACUCAAUAUAUGCUAAACUAUU